CUGGGAGAUUCCAGUGUGACAAUGAUCUGUGUGUGUCUCCUAACCUGCAAUGUGAUGGCUACAAUGACUGUGGAGAUAUGAGCGAUGAGAGGGGCUGCACAUGUAAUGAGACUCAAAUAAAAUGCAAGAACGGCUUCUGCAAGCCCAGUUUCUGGCGCUGUGAUGGGGUGAACGAUUGCGGAGAUAACACUGAUGAGGAAAACUGUGGGAACUGCAAAGCUCAAGAGUUUAGAUGUCGAAACAGCCGCUGCAUCCCAGCACAUAAGCAGUGUAAUGGCUACAACGACUGUGGCGAUGGCUCAGAUGAAUCUCAGUGUGAGAAAUCCAUAGCUGUUCACUGCUCUGAUCUCACCUAUAAGUGCAAAAAUAACCAGUGCAUUAGCAAGCUGAACCCGAUGUGUGAUGGAGAGAUUGACUGUGCGGAUGAUUCGGAUGAAGCUGAAUGUAAAUGCGGGACAAAGCCCUACAAGUCCAGUCGUAUUGUCGGUGGAAAGGACUCGAGUGAGGGAGAAUGGCCCUGGCAGGUCAGCCUCCACAUGAAUACACAAGGUCAUGUGUGCGGGGCGUCUGUUAUCAGUAACCGCUGGCUGGUCACUGCUGCUCACUGCGUGCAGGACAGUGAAAAGUUCAAAUAUUCCCAACCUGACCAGUGGGAAGUCUAUCUAGGUCUACUUAACCAGGGUGAGACUAGUAAGUCCACCCUAAAACGCGUGAAGCGCAUCAUUUCUCACCCUCAGUAUGAUCACUUGAGCUACGACAAUGACAUCGCGCUGAUGGAGUUGGACAGCCCUGUAACUCUCAGCCAGAACAUCUGGCCCAUCUGCUUACCUGAAGCCACACAUGACUUCCCAGCAGGCAAAUCUGUCUGGAUCACUGGCUGGGGCAAACAGAGAGAGGAAGUUGACGCCGUUGCAUCAGUGUUGCAGAAGGCCGAGGUGCGCAUUAUUAACAACACUGUGUGCAACAAGCUGAUGGAUGAUGGGAUAACACCACGCAUGAUCUGUGCAGGUGUAUUGAGUGGAGGCGUAGACGCUUGUCAGGGUGACUCAGGUGGUCCAAUGACUUCCACUGAGAGCAAUGGCCGCAUGUUUCUUGCUGGCGUGGUGAGUUGGGGAGAUGGCUGCGGCCGCAGGAACAGGCCCGGCAUUUACACACGCGUCACAGAAUACCGCAGCUGGAUCAGGCAGAUGACAGGGGUAUAAUGUCACAACAGUGACACGAAAUGGACUAAAGCAAACAGUAUCAACCUGUAUUGAGAGUUAUUGAAAAUAAUUAAGGCAUUCAUGUUCAUUGAGUUUUAUUUCAGAAGCCAUAAAGAUUCCUAUAAUCAGGCCAAAUGUCCACUAAAAUGUUCUUUGACUUUUAUUUUCCAUGAAUAUAAUAAUGAGCUUACAUAGUUUCUUUAUCUAUUCUUUGUGUUUCUCUGUGUAAUUACGCUCUUAAAAGAGUUUCGUCUAUGUGGACUAUGCUGUUUUUGAGCUCAAAUUUUGCUCUUGCUGUGGAGGAAGAGUAUUCGUGCUGCCUUGCUUAUUAAGUCAUUACAAUUUGAGUGGUUCUCAGGGAUUUUUUAAAUGUAAUUGUUGGCAUAAUGUGUUAACUGUCUGUUUUAUUUUUAUUACUUUAUAGUUUAAUUACCUUUCAUACCAAACAGACUUCAUGAUCAGAUCAGUAAUAGGAAACAAUUUUA